AUGAUGAAUGAAGUAAAUAUAGAAAUUCUUAAUCACAUUUUGGAGUCGGAGUCUGAAUCUGAUUUGUCAUCCGAUGAAGAGGCUUUUGACGAGAUUGUUCCUGAACCACCUGUUUUAUUUGCUGCAAAUAAUGAUGAAGACAUUGGACAAUUAUUAGAGCCAGUAUUAGGAGUUAUUCAAAGAGUACAUCACGUAAAAAUUCUAAAUUAUAUUGAAAAUGUUGUACAUUUAUACACUGAGAGUGAUUUCAUAAUGCACUUUCGCUUAUCACGAGAAGUGACCAAUGAAUUAAUCAAUCGUUUUGCAGCAUCUCCAAUUUUUUUGGAAUUACAAGCUUAUGCAGGCUACGAGCCUAUUUCUCCACAGAAACAUAUCAUAAGUUUUCUUUGGUACGUUGGACAUGAAAGCAGUGGCUAUCGGGAUGUAGCAGAUAGAUUUGGGAUUACCAUAAGUGCGCUGUACAAUGUUAUAUCCCGGGUCACAAAUUUUUUAAUAUCUCUUGCACCAAAUGUCAUCAGAUUUCCUACAAUGCAAGAGAGAGAAGCCAUUAAACAACAUUUUGUACAGCAAAUCAGAUUUCCUGGAGUAAUAGGUGCCAUAGAUGGAUCGCACAUUCGAAUCGACAAACCAAUAGAAGACAAAGAUUCGUACAUAAAUAGGAAACAAUUUUUUUCCAUUCAGUUACAAGGCAUUGUGAAUCACGAACAAAAGUUUAUGAAUGUGUUUAUCGGUUACCCUGGAUCGGUUCAUGAUGCAAGAGUUUUCAGGGAAUCGCCUGUGUACAAUAGACUGAAUGAACUUUGUGGAGAAGAUGGAUACUUGCUUGGAGAUAGUGCGUAUCCCUGUUUACAACGGUUGAUUGUUCCGUAUAAAGAUAACGGACAUUUGACACGAGCUCAAAUCAAUUUUAACCAAAGAUUGAGUUCAUGUCGAGUUAUUAUCGAAAAUGCAUUUGGUAAUCUGAAACAGCGAUUUCGUCAAUUGUACCAUUUUAAGUUACGAGACAUUGUUCGAAUGGUUCAGGUUGUGCAUGCAUGUUGUGUUUUGCACAAUAUGGCGAAUGCUAAUGAUUUACAGUUAUUUGAACCACCUCCCAAUGAAAAUCAACCUGAACCUGAUGCUGUAAAUGCACUGAUUAAUGUGGUUGGAGAUAAUGCAAUACCGCAGGAUAAUCAACAGGGACGAGAACUUAGAGACGAAAUAUGUAGACAACUCGCAGCACAUUAAAUGUCUCAAUAAUUGUACAUUCUAUUUAAAUAAGAAUUAUGUGAAUUUAUCUUUUA